AUGGCUCCGCGCACCCUGCUGGCGUGGACGGAUGCCAAGCCUGUGGCAGUGCGACCAUCCAACCACGGUGACAACCAUGCGUCUUCCGCUGCAAAGCAGCAGCACCAGCACCAGCACCAGCACCAGCACCAGCAGCCACCACCACCGGCAUCGCUACCGGGAGCGGUGGCAGCAAAUACGGCAGCAACAUCUUCAUCGUCGUCAUUAUCGUCGUCGUCGGGAAGCCGCCAUUCCGGACGGCUGACGCCGCUGCCAACGACGGCGACGCUGACGCCGUUUGUGCCCACCUUUACGCAGGCGUAUGCGAUGCAAAUCCACCAAGCCAACAACACGCGCGUGCUGGUGAUGAUCAACGGGCACUGCGACAGCGCCAAGACGAUGGCGCGGGCCAUCUACCGCACGUGGACGACGGUGCCCGGCCGCGAGUUUGUGACGGUGCGCUUCGUGGUGGGCGACUCUGGCACGCGCGAGCAGGCGUGCUCCGGGGAGCCCGAGGUGGAGGAGAACAUGAUGGUGUAUCUGCGGCAGUGCAGCGACGACUACCCGCCUGUGGACAAGGUGCUGUGCAUGUGGGAGCACGCGCGCACCACGUGGCUCGACGCCUACGACUACUUUCUCAAGGUGGACGCAGACACGUACCUCAACAUCCCCAACCUGCUUGUGCUGCUGGCCAUGAACCCGCCCACGCGGCCGCUGUUUGCCGGUGGCGUGGGCUCUGGGCGCGACGGCGACCUGCCUGCGUACUGCAUGGGCCCCGCGUACAUCCUCAGCCGCCACACGCUGGGGGCGGUGCCGAGCGACGUGCAGGCCAAGGCCACCAAGCUGCCCAACUCCGACACCACCUUCUCCUACUUUGUGACGGAGCACAGCGGCGUGACGUGCAUGGACCACGUGCACAAGCAGUUUCGCUGGUCGUUUAUGAACCGCUACUGGGACUUUCGCGACGGCGCCAUCACGGGGGUGACGCUGAACGAGCAAGCGCAGAGCGUGCUGCCGCUGUACCACCCGCUCAACAGCGCCCUGUUCAACACCGUGUCUGCGCACCCGCUCAAGACGGAGCGCGACAUGGUUGUGUUCCACGAGGCCGUCUUCUACAACCGCCUGCCGCUCUUCCCAAACCCAAAGGCCACGCAGCAGCGGCCCACCCCGCCCCAGCUGCGCAACCUGUGCGUGUACAACCCCGCGCGGCAGUACGAGAUAUCUGGGUUUGUGCUGCGCGAGUGCCCGCCGCGCCGCCCGCACCGCCCGCGCAAGCUGCAGGAGGCGUUUGUGCUGCACCUGGCGCACGACCAGGGCUCUGUUGCGCGGGCGAUGGCCAUGGCCAAGGAGCUGCGGGCGCACAGCAUCAAGGCGUCGCUGUUCAACGGGGUUGACGGUGCCCACCUCGACACGGCCACACACCAGGCGUUUACGUCCUCCUCCUACCUCGCAUCCUCCUCUGCAUCAUCAAGUGCACACGCCGACAAGGGUAAGGGCGCGUCGAGCAACAGCACGUCUUCAUCGUCAUCGUCGUCGCCAUCGAGCGCGGUGCAUGCGUUGAGUGCGCGGGACGUUGGGCGGCGGGAGACAUACCGGCUGCUGCUGCACCGCGUCUUCAGCGCCACGGACGACAACGACGCGCUGUACCUGGUGGUGGAGGACGACGUUGUGCUGUCGCCGGUGUUUGCGCAGCGGCUGGACACGCUCUUGCAGGACCCGCGGUGCGGCAGCUACCUGUCGUCCGGAUCGGGCGGCGCGCUGCUGCUCGGCGCAACCAUUGCCCGCAACGGCACAUAUCCACGGGUGGACGCGCACACGGGCGGGUGGGCGAUGGCGGAUGAGGAGAUGCGCAGGACGCCCGGCACCAUGUGCUACAACUUCAACUCGGGCGUGGAGAACACGUUUGCGUUUGUGCUUGAGCGGCGGGCGAUGCAGCUGCUGCUGACGUGGCUGAGCAACCCGUCGCACGCCAACCAGCCGUUUGACCACGCCUGGCGCUACCUGUGCGACCGCGGCAUGCCCGUGCGCGUGGCCUUUCCGUACAUUGUCAUCCCGCACCGCGACGCAGGGCGGGAGCACUCGCCGGUCGACACGAGCACGUGGGAACACGUGCACAGGUGGACCUUUCAGAACGACGACAAGCGCAGGCGGCGGUGA